UUACCCUUUGGAACAGCCGAGACUCACCUGUUGGAAGGAGUGCCAUUUCCACUCAAAGCUGCAGUAAUUUUAAAAUAGGCAAACUGCACACACUACAGAAAGACUGGGAACCUCUUUCAACAAAGGGUGGAUACAGGGACACUGACUGCCUGAGCGUUCUGUCCUUAUAUCACUGUAUGUCCUCUUCAUCUCAAUGUCCAGCCCCACCCUCACCCCCAUAUAAACACCACUCCCUCACUCUCCUCCCUCUACCUCUCCCUCACUCGAUUUUUCUCUCACAUAGAAACACACCAUUUUAAACCCCCAUGUAGGCUGGGGAUUUAAAGAUCUCCACUGAGGCAGGCUUGUAAUCAGAUGAAAGACGAUAUUAUCCCAACGAUCCCUUCAUCUUUUCCACUGCUGGAAAGGAGCUAAAGAGAAGGAGAAGGAGGAGACUCUGGGCCAGGAGGGGUGGGGUCUGACAGAGUGACUGAGUGAAAAAGGAAAGGAGGGGUUCACCUGUGGAUGUGUAUGGGGAAAAGAGACAAGACUGUAGCUGCCUGCCCCCUUUCAAGGUCCCACAUAAACACUGAGAUGUCUGCACACCGACAUUAGGGGAAGGAAGAAAAGACAAGAGGACAAGAGAAGCCUGAGAGGAACUGGGGAAUUGGCAUUGCAGAGAGAAAGAUCAAGAAGAGAACAUAAAAAACAUUUGCAAUUCUCAUCAAAGGUAUUUAAUGGCAGAGACUGGGUGCCCUGUGUCUGACCUGUUUCCACUGGGGUGCACCAUCUCAUCAAACCCUACUGUCACUAAUGGCAUUAUUAAUCCACUUUCUGCUGAACUGAAGGACAUCAAGCCAGAUGAGCUCCAGAGGAGUUCUAGUGAAAUACAUGAAAAUAUAUUAACAGAUGGAGGGCAUACAAAAGAAAAAGACAACUGUCCUCCCAAUGCCGCUCAUCCUCAGAGUAUUUCCGAGGUUCACAUAUCUGAUCAAGCGGAUGCCCAGAUGGCAUUGGGUGUGAUUUAUCCAAAUGAACAGGUAUCAGUGGCUCUUACACUUUCCUCAUCACACAGAGACAUAGUAGAAGAAAACCUGCCCCCAAACAAGAAUUAUUUUCAUUGGAGCCACUCAGAUAUCAAUCAAGUACAGCAAAAAGAACAUCUUGAUGCUGUUCAAGGUGAAACAAUUGAGCCUACAUCGUUAAAUAAGAACCAGGAAGCACCCACUCUGUCCUUAGUUUGUAAGGAGCCCAUGCAUACACAGCAAAGCAACAGUGUCACCACUUUCUGUAGAACAGCAAGCAGCCCAAUCAGGCCAAACUUUGUUCAGGUUUCCUCCUCUGGCUGUGCUCAUGUAUCAGGACAGCUUGCCAGGGACAUAACACCAGCUAGGUUUGAAGCAGCUCCUUGCUGCAGCCCAUACAAACAUGGAGCUGUUGAGGACACAUUUGCUGCCUACUGUCAUCCCCAGCCCAUACCUGCUCCUGCCCAACUUGCACCACGACUAAUGAACUUGGAAGGAGAUUGCAAGGGGCAGAAAACAGGACCAACCUUGUUAUCUCUUCCCCCACUUGUUUCCUCAAUCAGUGAAACAAGACUGGAUUCCAAAAGACUGGCCCACUGCUGCAGCCUGGACUGUAAGUGGCCUAGUCCUUUGUGCCAACCUGGAAGUCAACAGCAAUCGGUAAAACAAGUUAGAAUCACGAGAGAUGCAGGGACCAUGACCUCCUACAGGGAGCUAAGGGACAUAGGGGUGCAGGUUGGUCAGGACUCCAGGGAAGACAGGUCACCUCAACAUGUCUUCCCAAAAGUGUGUCUGGUGGAAGAGAAUGAGAAUGGACACAACAAGGCUGCAGAGCAGCUGAAAACUCCAGUAAAGGAUGUAAAGUGGGACUCGGAAGGAAUGACAUGGGAGGUCUAUGGUGCCUCAGUUGAUCCUGAGGAACUGGGCUUGGCUAUUCAGAAGCACUUGGAGUUGCAGAUCAAGGAGACAGCAGGAAAAGCAGCAAGAAUCUCACAGUUGAACACAACCACCUCACAACUGCCACAUGAGAAAAGAGAGAGUAAGAGGAGGAGAGGAAUAAUGGCAGCUCUUCGUCCUUCAGUUUGCUGUAGCCGCACCUCUACUGCAGUGGACUAACCUGAGUUUUGUAUUAUUUUUCAAGCAUCAUGGAUUUCUCAGAUAUUGUAAAUGAUGUAUGAAGAAGGUUAUAUUUAAAGUACAACACUGGACAAGUGAGAACAUGUGCCUAAGUCUUCCUUUUGGUUUCAUAACCUCAUGCAUUGAUUUACAAAAAUUUUGAUUGACCUUAAGUGCUAAUUGUUUUGUAUAUAAUUCCACAUGUUUGCCAGUCCAUCAGUGGAGCACCUUAUUUCUUAUUGCAGUACAUAUUUGGUCUUUUACUCUUAAACAGCAGGGUUAUAGCUUUUGAGGGUAUUAUGUAGUAAGCUUACAACAGAUAAACUAAUAAUACUCAAGUAAGAUCACAGGCUAUGGCCAAGUUAACUAAUAAAUCCCAGAACUUUUUAAUUGGGGGUAACAAUUCUACAAACCUGUCAAAAAAUGAGUACUCCCAAAGAUUUUUUUCUUAAUUCAUUUUAGUUCAAGAGGUACAAAAAAACUGAUACUGAGCUUUGGCCAUUAGCUGACUUACAAUUUUCCAAGGAGCAAAUUACAAAAAAAAAAUCUAUGUAGCAAAGUGGCCAAAAAAGUAUCCUUGCUAUUUAAGAGUGUUCUGAAAAUGUUUAAAGCUUUAAACAGUAAAUAUUUAAAACUACAUGUUUAUGAGAAUCCAGAGAUCAAAACAAGAGCUAUGUAUCGCUGUAGCACCCUCUGGGUUGAGUGAAACAGCACUGAAACCUAUCAAAACCAUUUUUAUGACCACUCUUUCUUUUUUCACAUUGCAUCAGUUAUUGUAGAUAUUCUGUCAUGCUGGAAAUAUGUUGCUUGGUUGUUCUAAGCAUCUUGUGCUUGGAGAGCCUGCUUUAUCUUUAAAUUAUGUUUUCAAAAAAACUCAGUAAUAAUAAUAAAUAGAAAGGUUAUACCUAAAUCAUAGCAUACAAUACAAUAGAUGCUAGGUUUGGGGAAACCCUUAGUGGAAUGAAUAAUUCUUUAAUAUUCUUUGAUUAAAUGAGAUGAUACUUAUAUACAGGGAAAACAUCUCAAAGCAGAGUAUUUUGUCAUUUAAAAAGAGAAAUCCUAAUCUACAAUAUAUGAACUCUCUGUCAAUACAUAACAGACCAUUUUUACUUUUGCAUGUUGCUCAUUAAGGUUGCAUCAUUUACAGUGACCUCAGUCUGGUUAAUUGCUUUUGUCAGGUAUAUGUUCAAGAUGAACAUAUGAACCACAUUCUCAUCCAUGUGUCAAAAAUAUUAGCAAACUUUACUAAUAUUUACAGCAAGCAUUUAAUUGGGUAACUUGUGAGACUGGUAUUAAAAAGAAAGAAUCUUAAAACUCCUUUCAAAACAAACAGGAGAAGUUAAUGUGCUGUAUGUAGCAGCACUGUGAAGAGAGGCAAAAUUGUUAAAAGCUGAAUUGUUGCACCAUCUGUUGGUCUAAACAUUUCUCUGCCUUUUAUUUUGCCUGUGAUUAUUAUAACGAUAGUACAAGAAAGAAGUAUCAGGAUAACCUGAACAUUCAGUCCUUGAUUUGUGGGAAAAGAGAAAGCAUAAAUGUGUGUUUAUAUUUUGGAUGUGUGUAUAUUAUAUAUAUAACAUAUAGCAGCAAUAUAAUAUCAAUAAAAAUGCAAAUAAAAUUGAAAUAGUAAAAAACUAACACAACUAAUACAUUAAAAUUUAAUUCAUGGACAUCAUUUCAACACAUAUGAUGAACAUUUUUAUUGGUAAUAUUCAUGGUUAAAAAAAAAAGUGAAAAUGAAUUCAAUAAUAUAUAUUCAUUUGAUACAAAUUGGUAAUUAAUUCAGCAGUAAAAACACUAAGUGUGAGAGUGAGACAGUGUAUUUUGUUCCCAAGAAGUGUUUCUACCAUUUAUUACUAGAGCUGAACUAAUACUGAACACUGAUCCAUAGCGUCACACCAUAAUCUUGAUAGGAUGUCUUAAUCUUAAUGUCUAUGACUUCACAUUUUGAGAUGCACAGAUAUAGUUGUGAUGCUUUGUAAUUGUGUAAUGAUUGUGUUUAGGACAAAUAAAUACUCUUUAUUGAUUUUGUAGUGAGAA